AGAGCCCGGGGCAAGUCCUCUCUGCCCCUGCGGAGCGCCGAGCUACCGAGAUCCUGGUGCGUCCCCUCUCGCUCCCGGGACCCAGGCCGCGGUGAGAACAUCAAGAGCUGUGUCUCCCGACGCGGUCCUUCCACCUGCCCCGGGGCGCGCCAAGCUGAGCACAGUCCAGGAGGGGCGGGGACGGGUCCGAGGGGUUGCUGAGACCCCUGUUCCUCCUCGCGCGCUUCCGCUGGGCCCCGGGCAUCCCUGUCCCAGGACACGCUGCGAACGCGGAGAGAACCCGCCCCUCGGAAGGUUCGGGGGAUGCCCGGCCAGAGUCCGCGGGCUCCCGGCGCUCGCUCCUGCCCUUUGUGUAAACCGCAUCUCGGGACCCGCCCUCUGGUUUCCGAUUCCGAGGGGCGCUGGCGUGGGCUUCCCUCGACCCAUCUCUCGCUCUGCCUCCUCUGGACUCUGCCCAACCCCUCAGGAAGGAAGGAGAGGGCAAUGGCUGCUGGGUUGCUGCCACUGGGAACCCAGUUUCAGGAGUCAGUGACAUUCAAGGAUGUGUCUAUGGAUUUCACCUGGGAGGAGUGGAUUCAACUAGAUUCUGCUCAGAGGAACUUGUAUGAGAAAGUGAUGCUGGAGAACUACAGGAACCUGGUCUCACUAGCAGGGCGUCAGCUUUCCAAACCAAAUGUGAUUUCUCAGCUGGAACAAGAAGAGCUGAGCCUGAGGGAAAAAGAACUCCCUGGGUGUAUCUCUCCAGAUUUUCUUGGAUAUUACUGCCAGAUUAAUCUACCAUUUAGUCCUCUUAUUAUCCUGUCCAAACCAAGAAGAGAAAGCAUCGAUUGAGUCCUGUGCUCGGCUCUUCCCAGUGUCAUCAUCUAAUGUACUCAUCAUAACAAACCCACAGGACUGGGAGACAAGACUUGAAACCAAAGAGUCAACUCCAAAGCCCA